UCUGCCCACAAGGGAGAAGGUCAUCCUCCCCUCCGUCCCCUCUGUGUUCUGAUCUAUGAAGUCUCAGCCAGGUCCAGCUGUUUGGACCACAGUCCCAUCCCUGUCCUUUCUGGGUGUCCCCACUUUCCCUUUUGUCUGGACCCCUGGGACGCUUAAGCCCUCCUCCAGCACAUCAUCCAGCACAGACCAAGAGCCUCAGCUGCACUCUCUGCUUUUUAAAAAUAGGCUGGGAUAUCGGCCUGGACAGCUAAGAGACCUGGACUCCUCCUGGGGAUUGAGGAAUGCCUCUGCACUUCCCAGAUCCUUCGUAUCUGUGUGAAUCCUCUGCGUAAUCAUCUGUUUGUGUCUACGUCUGCAUGCGUGUGUGGAGGUAGAUCCUGUAUUACCGACUGGAGAGAGGAUUUUCUGUCCAGAUGAAAGAGUGGACUGAGUUGGAGAUGAGCUUUUCAGCAGGGGGGUUUCUCUCUACUUCAGAUGCUUAUUGCUCCACUGAGCAGCUCCAGUACUACGACAUGCUGGCCGACCCUCUGGGCUACUCCUUGCAGGACCCUGACCUCCAGCUGCUACCUUACAGCCAACAGCAGUACAAUCCUGCCAACCUGCCCUUCUCCCUCUACAGCUCUCCGCCUUCCUCCACCUCCUCACCCUCCUCUUCCUCCUCACACCUCUGCCACCCUCCAUACCACUACAACCCCCACUGCCUGGAGGCCCCCUGUGAUCCAGGCCCCGAACCCCACUGUGGGACCCUAACUCAGGGCCUCGGGGUGGUUGGUGUUCCCCUCGGGCGGAGGUCACGGGUGGGUCUAGGAGGGAAGAGCAGAGGUCAAGAUGAGCUGUGUGUGGUGUGUGGAGAUAAAGCUUCAGGGUAUCACUAUAAUGCUCUUACCUGCGAGGGAUGCAAAGGUUUCUUCAGGCGCAGUGUGACCAAGAAGGCUGUGUAUCACUGUAAGAGUGGCGGUGGCUGUGAGAUGGACAUGUACAUGAGGAGGAAGUGCCAAGACUGCCGGCUGAGAAAGUGCCGUGCUGUGGGAAUGCUGGCUGAGUGCCUUCUGACUGAGGUGCAGUGCCAAUCAAAGCGACUGAGGAAAGGAGGGAAAGGUAGAGGGCAGGAGGAGGAGACCACACACGGUAGGAGAGUCAGUUCUACCAGCAGGACACCUGCACAGGCUUUGUCUGCCAGUUUAACCCGGGAGCAGAAAUACACGGUGGACCGGAUGGUGGAGGCUCAUCGACUGUACAGAGCUCAGGACAGCAGCAGUUGCAGGCUAUUUGAGUGGCCCUGCACAGAAGAACAGGAGGUUCUGUCUGAUGUCGUAUCACCUCUAAUACAAAGACUGCUGCAGUUUGCCAGGACAGUGCCAGGGUUUGACCUCCUGGAUUUCUCCGAUCAGAGUUCUCUGUUGUCCAUGUCCUCUCUGGAGGUGAUGUUCCUGCUCUCAGCUCAGCAGUUCUCCCACAACCCAGCAAGCCCCAGUCCAGCUCUGCAGCUUUUCAGUAUGUCGACACACGACUGGCUCAGAAAUGUGGAGUCGAAGGAAAACAUCUACAGCAGGAUCAAUUCAGGAGGCAGUGAGGAUCUGUUUGGACCAGUGCUCAACUUCUUCCACAGCAUGGCGGCGCUGCGGGUGACGGAGGCUGAAUACACUCUGCUCACUGCCACAGCUCUGCUCUGCUCAGACCGGGCGUCCUUGCAGGCAGCCAACUGUGUUGAGAAGAUGCAAGAACUGAUCCUGGACCUGCUGUCCAGGGUGUGUGGGGCCCACACUGGAGCUGCGCAAGGGGGACCACAGAGGUUUGGCCGCCUGCUGGGCAGACUGACGGAGCUACGUACCCUCCGUCACAACUACCUCCUCCUGGCAAGACAGCAGCCUGUACACUGACAGAGAGGACCUGUGGGAAAUUAUAGAAAUCAGUCAUCUCUUGGGGGGUAGUUGGUUUAACUUCAAUUUAAGGAGUUACUCGUACAAUGAUGUUGUUGAAGGUUUCCAUCGGAUAUUGAAGGAACGGUGUUGCAUCAACAGGCUUAACCUUCUUGAUAAAACUGACACAAAAGCCUUUUUUCCUAAGUUCAGUUCUGCAGUCACAGAAUUUUUGCAUCUAAUGAACUGAAAUAUGCUUGUGGACUGCUGUAAUUUGUUUGAGCAGAUAUUUUUAUAUUGUCUUUUUAUACUCAUAUACAUGCACACUUACAGUACUUCUCACGUUGCUCAGUAACUUUAAAAUAAAACAAAAACUGAAGACUA